AGCAGACGCACUUUUUAUUUGUCCGUUUUUAUACUUUGCACACGGGCGACGAAAAUAUGCCACAGCCAUCCGGCUUAGGCUAGGGAGCUGUGUGUUAUUUCCCCCACAUCUCCAUCGGGCAGUGUGGGUAUGGGGGGGGGGGAUGAGCGCGGGAAGUGACGCGAAGUCGCGCUGGUGAUGUCAUCAGAGAGCGACCCACACCUGGUUAGUCAGUCGGUGCUCGGGCUGUAAGAAGCCGCUCACUGGGAACAUGAACGCACCGCCCGCAUUUGAGUCCUUCCUGCUGUUCGAAGGAGAGAAGAAGUAAGCGGCCAUAGAGUUAUUUAAUAUUAUUAUUAUUAGUUACUGCAUGUUUCAUUGAUAGGAGGAGGAUGAUAGUCAUAUACAGUCUGUAAUGCAGGGUCUGUUCUUAAAUACAGAAAUGAGUUUCCAUUGGCUUCUGGCUUUGUUUUAUUCUAUAUUUGUUUCAGGUGAUGGCUCUAUCAAAAUAAACUAUGGGAGGGAGAAUGGCCCCCCUUAUUUUUAAAGCAUUAUAUAGAUGGGGGGAAAAUACACUUUUUUUUAAGUUAAGAACCCCUCCCCAGUGUUUAAAUAAAGGUUUUACUUCGCCAAACUGCUCAUUGUUACACUAACCACAACCUCAUAGAGGAGAAUUGGGAAGCCAGUGUGCAUGUGCAGUGUGUGUCCCAUAGGAAGUGUUACUUUGUCUGUGCAGUGAAAGCACCUCUUCUGUACGUCAUACUGAUGAGGCUUUAACCCUACGAUGUAAACAUUGCAGGGUUAAAAGGACAGGGCCACUGCACCCACACCACUUCAGUGAGAUGAACUGAACUGCAGGUAUGUUGCCCAACGUCAGCUAUGGGGUUGGUGACAGUGUUUUGAGCUAUAUUUUCUGUGCUUUCACUCAAGAGAACUGCAGGCAAUGCAUGAAGGUACCAAAGGUAGAGAGACUGGAUGGAGUUAAAGGUUUAUUUCAACCACAUAAAGGGUCACUAUAGUCACCAGACCAACUACAGCUUAAUGUAGCUGUUCUGGUGAGUAUAAUCAUUGCCUUCAAGUAUUUAAACUGCCCCCUAGGGACACCUCCAUGUGGCCAUUCCUCAGAUGGCCACUGGAGGUGCUUCCUGGGGCAGUGCCGCUAUUCAGCAUCUCCACGCUCUGCAUGGAGACGCUGAUAUUUUCUCAUAGUUAUGCAUCUCUAUGAGGAAGUGUUUAUUGGCCAAAACGGCGUUUGGACCCAUCCGCAUCCUUGACGAUUUCAGCCAAACGCUUUUCCUCUUGGAAAUCCUGAUGUCACCAAGGAGACAGAUUGGGGGAGGGCCAGUGUCGGCAGACCUGCAUGUCGCUCCAAAUAAGGUGAAUUUUAACAUAGAAAGUUGAAAAAUGCACUUUUUGAUACUUGCAAACAAACAGAGAGAGACUCUCAGAUCUCAAUGUAGGGAUGUUUAGACAUGCAGGUCUAAAUGAAAAAAUGUUUUAGUAGUGUCAGUCAUUUUUUUUAUAUUCUCAAGGUGCUCUGAUUGUUGGUAUUGUAUCUUGCGCAUCAGGUAGAGCAAAGUGAAACUGUACGCAACAUUGUACAAUUGAAACACCUGAAAACUAAGCUUGGGGAGUCUAGGCAACAGUGUGUAAUAAUAUAAUGAAAUAUAGAACAAAAUAAAAAAUAAGAGCCAAAAGCGGCACUGUCCUGGCCGAAUCCCCUUGUUGUUGUUGUUGGUUUUUUUUUUUAAAUCUUAUUUUUUUUUCCUCCCCAAAAAAUGCCAAAUAAAAAUCCAUAAUUACCAUUGCAACUGUUAAAAUAAACCUGAGCACAAUAAAAAAAAACACAACACAAAAAAAAAAAAAUCCAUCUUUACCCAGGCUCAGACUGAGCUCCGCAGGGUAGGGAAAGGCUUAUAAAGCCUUCCCAUGCCCUGCAAUUUCACUUAAAGCACUCUGGUUGAUUCCAAACCAACCAAUCAAUCCUCUGACAGGUAAGUCUCUAUAUUCACCUGUCACAGAACUCUGGUUGGCUUGGGAUCCAACCUAUCAGAGUGCUCGGAGUAAUUUUACCCAGUGUGGAAAAGUUCUUUGGAAUUUGUGUAAGUUGACUCAUAACACUGUGAUUGGUUGCUUAAAACUGUUCUCAUUCUGUUAGGACGAAAUUCGGUAGUUUCCCCGGCGUUCUGUCUGUGACAGGACGUUCAGGAAUAUUGACAGGAAGCAUCGCAAGAUCACGGAGGAAAGAUAUGAAUUGUGGGAAAAUUUCUCUGACCACAGGAAACGGAGCACACUUUGCUCCUCCGCUGGUCAUAGAUGGUCAGGCGUAGGAAACCUCCAUAAGACAAAAUAGUCCCUACUUUGUCUUAUGUUUUAAAGGAACACUAUAGGGUCAGGAACACAAACGUGUAUUCCUGACCCUAUAGUGUUAAAACCACUAUCUAGCCCCCUUUGCCUCCCUAAAGAUAGUAAAAUCUUACUUGUAUUCAAGUCUGAAGCUGCUACCUCUGCCAGUGAACUUCCUCUGAAAUCAUCAGAAGUGGUGGCCUGAUCCAAUCACAAUGCUUCCCCAUAGGAUUGGCUGAGACUGACAAGGAGGCAGAUCAGGGUCUGAGUCGGCAUGAUUAAAACACAGCCCUGGCCAAUCGGCAUCUCCUCAUAGAGAUUCAUUGAUUCAAUUCAUCUCUAUGAGGAAAGUUCAGUAUCUGCAUGUUGAGGGAGGAGACAAUGAAUAUUUGAAUAGUGCUGUUCUAAGUCCUGAGAAUUGCAAGGUAGGGCUUCCAUGGAUCGGAUUUGUUCUUCCAGCACAUCCCACAUAUGCUCAAUUGAAUUGAGAUCUAGGGAAUUUGGAGGCCAGGGCAACACCUUACAAUCUAUCAUGUUUCUGAAACCUCUCCUGAACAACUGUGGCAGGGUGCAUUAUCCUACUGGAAGAGGUUACUGCCAUCAGGGAACACCAUUGUCAUGAAGAGGUGUACAUGGUUUGCAACCAUCUCUAGGUAGGUGGUACGUAUCAAAGUAAAAGGCACAUGAAUGCCAGGACCCAAUGUUUCCCAGCUGAACAUUGUACAUUGCCCAGAGCAUAACACUGCUUCUGUCAGCCUGCCUUCUUCCUAUAGUGCAUCCUGCUGACAUCUUUUCCAGGUAAUCAGCUCACAUGCACCCCGGAUAGCCACCUGACCUAAAAGAAAACGUGAUUAAUCAAAUCAGGCAGUAUUCUACCAUUGCUGUAAAUUCAAGGCACUAGACAGGGACCCCAAUCUAAAAUUAUUUUGUGUGUCAGAACAAAUAGAUUGUCUGAUGCUCACAUACCCAUUGCAGGCUUUUUCGGUGGUGGACAGGGGUCAUCAUGGGCACUCUAACUGGUCUGCGGCUACGCAACCCCAUGCACCACAAACUGCAAUGCACUGUGUGUUUUGACCACUUUCUAUCCUGGCCAGCAUUACGUUUUUCAGCAGUUUGAGCUACAGUAGCUCUUGUGUGGCUAGCCUUCACUCCCCACAUGCAUCAGUGAGCCUUGGGUGUCUAUGACUGUUUGUGCUGCCUAAUAUAUCCCAUCCCUUUACAGGUGCCAUUGUAACAUUUUAAUCAAUGUUAUUCACUUCAUCCAACAUUAAAACCAUUGAAAGGUGCUGAGUGUACAUUCCAUAGAUUUAGACUUCAUUUGGGUUGUGCAUCUCCAUAUAUCUGCCUCUAACAAUGAUUUUAGUAAGGUAAUACUUGAGUUCAUUACUGCACUCACCAUCACAGUUAAAGCAGUGAAAAAUAUUCUGUGGCUUAAAUACAAAUAGAUACUCUAUGUUCAAUGUUUCUUGACUUGUAGUGUAUCAUUUAAUAUAAGAGUCACUAAAAGCUAGCUAUGGAUCGUGCAAAUUAUAUUUGAAAAAUAUCAGGGCAUGCCAGAAAAUAAAAGUAGCCUUACAUGUGACUCAAACCAAAGCGGUUUUCCUGACACUAUAGUGCCCUAAGGGUACCCCCACCCUCAGGGUUCCCCUCCCGUGGUGCUGAAGGGGUUUUAACCUACCUUAAUUCACUGCCGGGCUCCCUCGGCGCUGGUGACCUCUCCUCCCCCGCCGACAUCAGCUCCCGGGUGGAGCGUAAUGCGCGUGCACAGCAAGUGCCGUGGUCUAUAGGAAAGCAUUUCUCAAUGCUUUCCUAUGGACGUUCUGCACGCCUCUAGCAGCUGUCAAGAAGACAGCCACUAGAGGUUGGAUUAAGCCUGCUAUGUAAACAUAGCAGUGUCUCUGAAACUGCUAUGUUUACAUGUGAAGGGUUAAAACCUGAGGGACCUGGCACCCAGACCACUUAAUUGAGCUGAAGUGGUCUGGGUGACUAUAGUGUCUCUUUAAAAGAUUGUCUGAGUAUAUGUGUGCUUUAUAAAUUACAUAAAAUGACGCAUGUCAUGUAAAUUAAGUUAACUUUUGGCUGAAUUAAGAGUGCCUGGAGUGUUAUGGUGCCUGGAGUGUCCCUUUUUAAUAAACAGAAAAGUAAAGCAAGUUCCAGCAUGUGCAAUCAGUUCUCAUAUAAAGAAAGGUAACAAAAAUGAAUACAUAAAGAAAGAAAUAGCCUCAAUUAGUAUAUCUAACAAUCUUAAUUAUACAGGAAGAUAAAAUUCACUGGUAGUAUGCACUAGAUUUAAAUACACAAAGAAGGCAAGAUUGUUUGUUGCCUUGUCCACAUGAAUUUAUAUGACAUUUCUUUGUGGAUGCCUGAUGCAUCAUGGGGCAGCAGAGGCAUGUUUUAUUCUUUAUGCCUCAUCAUUAUUUGCUCCUGUAAAGACAUCAAUAUGGGUAAGUGAGGAACUAUCAUUUCCAGUUUCGAUUUAAAGUGGCAUUAUAUUGGUGCUUAGAGGACCCCGAUCACGGACUUCCUGUCCAAAUCUUCCUUAUACUGUGGAGGCAGAGAAAGGAAGCCCGGGGGACGGCUGUGCCAGAGCCCCAACUUCAAGAAAGGUAAGGCACCCAGAUACUUCUGCCUCCAUAACAAUUUCUGUGAGCUGCAGUUGUUGUGCAGGUAAGAAUGUUCUUUUAAAAAGUUCAUGCCAUUAUAUCUUACAACUAGAGUAAAUCUUUUUUUAUCUUUUGUUCUUUUUGAAGCAAAAAAAAAAAAAGCUUAUAUAUUUUUGUAUUUGUUUUUGCAGGAUAACAAUUACAAAGGACACAAAAGUACCAAAUGCUUGUUUAUUUACCAUAAACAAGGAAGAUCAUACAAUAGGAAACAUCAUUAAAUCGUAAGUACUAUGCAGGGUUCAUAAAUAUUACCACAACUUUCUAUAAUAUGAGUAAAACACUAUUUUUUUAAACAUUUUUUUAUGUUUUUAAAUAUUUUCUUGUGAUUCAUCAUUUUAUCAAUGAAUUUAUAUAGAUCUGAUGUCUUUUAAAAUAGCCACUAAACAAUUAACUUGGUUAUGUGCAGCUCUUAGUUGAAGAAAGAGCUCAAAGCUUCAGGCCAAGUUGACACGUAUCUGACAGCUCUGAGGGGCAGUACACUGUUCACAAAACCGGUUAAUUGUUUAGAACUAAACAUGUGAAUUGCAAAUUUUAGGCCAAAGUAGAACUGAAUUAGAAUUUUGACAACUGUGCUAUGUUUUUGAAGAUCACAUCUAAGAUAGUUCCUCUUCAAAAUUUCACUGUGUCCAGCCCAAUAAUUUGAUGAACUGUAGGAUGGGUUUCUAUGAAGUAUGAACUGAGAGGCAGCCAAAUAGGCUUGUCUGUAACUUGGCUGGUAAAUUUGCAGAAAUAUACUUACAAAGGCCUUACUAAUGCAAUGUAAGUAUUAUGCACAGAUGAAGUCCCAUCUUUAAUUCACUUCAUCAAUUGCCUUGGGCAAGUGCAAUGAUUAGUUACAGGUAUAAAUACUAGAUCUAAGUGCCACCAAAAUUCAAGUUUGGGCUUAACUGAAUUUCGUCUGUUGUUCAUUCGUUUUCUGACGAAAUGCGGCUGCAUCUUGAAGCUGUUAAGUUAAAAAAAACCUCCCUAAAUUGGUACCCUUGUGGGAUUGCCAUAUUUAAGGGUAUCAGAUUAGGGAGCUGUUUAGUAGGUCCUUUUUGGUAUACUUAUGAGAAUCCCACAAAGAUUAGCCAUAGCUGCCUAGUGGCUUGUCUUUUCCUAUGACUGUGAACAGCCACUGGUUACUCAUUGUUUAGUAGACAUGCCCCUACUCACAGCAGGGCAUGUAGUGGCAGGAAGGAGGAUUUAACCAAGCAUGACAACUUCAAUUAAAAAGGAAGUGGUGAUGGUGCCUUUAGUGCCUCUUUAAUUUAAAGGAAACACAAGUAGCUCUUAGAUCUCUUUAUUCACUGAAGUACUGGUACCUGCUCUUUUCAAAUGAAUCUCACGUCAGUAGUAAGAUCCAUCUGAAAUUAUCAAGCAAUCAUUCGUCUCCGUUUGAUUGUUAUUAAAUACAGUGAUCACUAUAUAAUAUAGAAUGCACACUAUAUCAAGGUUAAGGGUAUGGGUGUCUCUGCCUUGAGGCUUGUAAGGUUUGGAUAUAUUAUUUUGUGUGCAAUUUGCCUUGUACUGUUACUCUGUUCCUUUUUUUUUUUUUUAUAAUAUGUAAAAAUAUUCAUUUGCAUACUAAUUAAAGGUUUAUAUUUAAUAUCUGAGUGUUAUAGUAUGCAUUCUAUAUUAUAUAGUGAUUAUAGUGUUUAAGCACUUGAGUGCUUGUAUGGUUUGCACCUAGCUAAUAUUAAUUGUUUAAUAGUAAUUUUGUCUCUCCAUGUGGUUUUUGCUUAUAGAUUAUUAAAUACGGUGAACCACAGAAGAAUGUCAACUGAAUGAAAUUGACCAGAUUUGCUAAAGCAAGUCCAUUGUUUAGUGAAUUGACCCUUCAUUAAAUUAUAUAUUGCAAAACUGAUUAAACAUUUUAGUACCAAUUUCACUGUGGAACUGUUAAUGUGAUUUUAGUUGUAAAAAUUCGAAUGUUUGUGUUUUAUUUCUAGUCAGUUGCUGAAAGAUCCUCAGGUGCUGUUUGCUGGAUAUAAAGUUCCACAUCCACUGGAACACAAAAUUAUUAUAAGAGUUCAGACAACCCCUGACUACAGCCCUCAAGAAGCAUUCACCAAUGCAAUUACUGACUUAAUAAGUGAAUUGUCCCUUCUUGAAGAAAGAUUCAGAGUAUGUAACCUGUCUUUAUGCUGAAUUAACAAACACAUAUUGGUUUGUUGAUACUGUAUUGUGCCAAUUAAAUUGGGGGGCCAUUGUGUAAUAAUUUUGUACUUGGCCAAAAUGGUAACACUAAAAUAAAAAGGAAAGACUGGUAGACAUCCCAGAUCUUUAAAAUAAAAUUUAAGUGCCAUUUUUGCCAAGAAUUAUUCAACAAAUGUAAAACUAUCUUUAUUUAAUUUGAGCAUAUUGUCAUAAUGUUACCAGAACAGUUGCUGUUAGAAUUCACUCUCGCUAAAGUAGCUGAUUCACAGUAAUGUAAAACUACUAAACUGCUACAUUGGGUCCACAUAUGCGGGAAAAAAAGGCUUGUAGAAUUUAGCCUUUUGGAUUAUAUCCAGGAAUAAAAGCAAUGGUUUUUAUAUUAAUAACUUUUUUUUUUUUUUUAUUCAUUCUUGAUUUAUAUAAUUAUACAGAGAACAUACAUGCAAUGUUUUUGUUUAUUGUGGGUUCAAUAGUAAAUAAACACUAAUAUAUAUUUAUAUAUUUUGCAGGUUGCAAUCAAAGACAAACAAGAAGGCAUUGAAUAAUGCAUUUGCCACUGACGAUUGUUAGAAUAUUUGCAAAUUUAGAACCUGUUCUUUGUGUUUGAUUUGUAUUGAGUAAUGAUAUUUUUUUAUAAAUAAAUUAGCAUAAUAUUGGUUAAAACAAAUGUCACUUUUUAUUUAUGUAAUGUAUAAUGUUAUAUUGUUUUGCCAGUGAUGCCGAAUGAUUUGUCUAACAGAAUAGCUUUUAGCAAUGUAGAUAAGCUGCACGCAAGAUUGUUCAAAUAAUUCCAAGAUAAGGCAUUUUGAAAAAAGUUUUCUGAUAUCUAAGCUAAAAGAAAAUUUCAUGCCACAAAUUCAAUUGCAUGCAAAGUCUUAUUAUUACAGUCAAUGGAAACAUUCCAAAAUGUUUGACAACUUUUCAAGCAAGUUGCCAUGCCUAAAUAAAUUCAGGUUACCGUGGUAACAUAAGAAUUGGACCUGAUGGAAGCUGGUGGUACAUAUUUAUGAUGUGGGGCUACUGAUUGGCUUAGUGCCUCAACUGACCACUCUAAACCAAUCAGCUGUGCCCCUGCCCAAUGCUGCCCAAGCCUUCCAUGUAAGAUUUCAGAUAGUGGAAGGUUGUGGAACAGAGUGAUACAAGAACUGGAGCACAAAUUUUAGGGUUGAACCGUUUGGUGCAGGUUCACCUUUAGGGGUUAAACUGUUCACAGAGACACCCUGGCACUAUCACAACUUUAUUUUGAUUAAGUUCUUAUGGUGCCUAAACUGGUCUUUUAAUUACAAGUAUGUUGACCCAUUUCUGAAAUGAGAGAGGGAUAUUGUAAUAUAAUACACAAAGAUUGGAAUACCACAGAAAUCACUGCUAUCCGUAAAGAUAAGUGGACUUUGCUAAAGAUAUAAAAUCUGGCUAAAAGCAUUAUCCAGGAAUUGCUUCAGGAAAUAUUAAAAUGUAACCUUUAUUGCUAAUUUGUAUUAAAUUGAUUAUUUUCAAUGUAGAGACGAGAAAUAAAUCAGAUACAGUGGAACCUCGGAACUCAAACGUUCCAGAAGGCUGUUCGAAUUCCAAUUUGUUCAAAAACCGAAUCAACAUUUCCCAUCAGAAUUAAUGUAAAUUUGAUUACCGUAUAUACUCGAGUAUAAGUCGACCCGAAUAUAAGUCGAGACCCCCAAUUUUACCCCCAAAAAAUGGGAAAACUUAUUGACUCGAGUAUAAGACUAAGGUGGGAAAUGCAGCAGCUACUGGUAAAUUUCUAAAUAAAAUUACAUUAAUUGAAUAUUUAUUUUAUGUAUAUAAUGCAGUGUGUAU